AUGGCAUCUCCCCAGGUAAUUCGCACCCCGAUCACUGAUCUGCUCAAGAUCAACCACCCAGUUCUGCUGGCUGGUAUGAACGUGGCUGCCGGCCCCAAGCUGGCAGCUGCUGUCACAAAUGCUGGCGGUUUGGGUGUUAUUGGUGGUGUUGGAUACACUCCUGACAUGCUGCGCGAGCAAGUCGCCGAGCUCAAGUCAUACCUAAACGACAAGAACGCCCCAUUCGGUGUCGACCUUCUUCUGCCCCAGGUCGGUGGCAGCGCCCGUAAGACCAACUACGACUACACAAAGGGCAAGCUUAACGAGCUCGUGGAUAUCAUCAUUGAGAGUGGGGCCAAGCUCUUCGUCUCUGCCGUCGGUGUUCCCCCCAAGGCUGUUGUCGACAGACUCCACGGUGCUGGAAUCCUUACCAUGAACAUGAUCGGUCACCCCAAGCACGUCGCCAAGGCUUUGGAUGUCGGUAUUGAUAUCAUUUGCGCCCAGGGUGGUGAGGGUGGUGGUCACACCGGUGAUGUUCCUACCACCGUUCUGAUCCCUACUGUUGCCAAGUUGGUCAAGGGCAAGAAGAGCCCCUUGACUGGCCAAGACGUUCAGGUCAUUGCUGCUGGUGGUCUGUACAACGGUAACUCGGUUGCUGCCGCUCUCAUGCUGGGCGCCUCGGCUGUCUGGAUCGGCACCCGCUUCAUCCUGUCUGAAGAGGCUGGUGCCCCCAAGGCUCACCAGGAGGCCGUCCGCACUGCCGGUUUCGAGGACAACAUCCGCACAAUCAUCUUCACAGGUCGCCCUCUGCGUGUUCGCAAGAACCCUUACAUCAUGAACUGGGAGGAAAACCGCGCCGAGGAAAUCAAGCAGCUCACUGCUAAGGGUGUCAUCCCUGUUGAGCACGACUUCGAGAACCUGCCCGAUGAUGUUGAUGAUGAUACCCUCGACAAUGCCCGCCCCUUCUUGAUGGGCAAGGUCGCUGCUGUUGUUGAUGAGAAGAAGCCCGCUAAGGCUAUCGUGGACGAGCUCGUCAACGAUGCUGCUGCUUUGAUGAAGAAGGGCAACCAGAUGAUUGCUAAGCUGUAA